AUGUCAGAUCUUGAGUCUUUGCUAGAGUACAAUGAAAUUGUCAAGAAGUUGUUUGCUACUGAAGAAGAAGGAUUUCAAUUCUAUAACAACUACGGUUUUGAGAAAGGAUUUAGUGUGAGGAGAAGCUAUUGUGAGUGGGACAAUGGCCACAAUGAGAUGACUCUUCGGAAGUUCGUUUGCAGUCGUCAAGGUUUCCGUGAAGAGAAGCAACUGAAGAGGGCGAUUAAAAAGCGGAAGCCGCGGAAUAUUACCCGUGUUGGAUGUCUUGCUAAAUUUGUGAUUGCACGAGAUCAGACCACAGGGCAGUGGUAUGUGAAGGAUUUCAUCGAUGAACACAACCAUCCGAUGGCGCCAGCAGAGCUUACUUGUCUGCUACGUUCACAUAGAAGAAUUAGCGAUGAGCAGAAAGCUGAGAUUGCGGAGAUGGAGAGUUCUGGGAUCCGCAAACACAAGAUAAUAGAUAUUUUGGAAAUGCAGUAUGGUGGGUUAACAGAUUCUUCUGUUUGGUCUGAUUUGCUUAAAGUCAAGGAUAUCUAUCUGAUGGGUACCGACAUCUGUAUGAAAAAUGGAAACCUCACUAGAUUCUGGAAGGAUAGAUGGCUUUAUCAACAACCUCUUUGUUUGACAGAGCCAGAGCUUUUUGAACUAUGUGAGAGGGUUCAAAGUACUAAGUGGGCUCGACUCGUCACAGGCUAA